AUGAACGGCCCGGACCGGUCCAUCACGAUUAACGACUCUUCGUUAUUUGUCACUGCUACCCUCUAUGUCGCACUCGAGCAUCUUCGCCAUGCAUCACAAGAGCGCAAGAUCUGGAUAGACGCUAUUUGCAUCAACCAGAAAGACAUCGCUGAGCGCAAUAGUCAAGUCGCUAUCAUGAGGAAGAUUUACAAGAAUGCGACGCGUGUAGUUGUGUGGAUUGGACCUGCCACCGAGUCGAGCGAACAGGCCAUGGAAUUUUUGGAGAUGUUGGCUACAGCUAGGAAACAUCGCAAAUGGUAUACGAGAGAUUGGUCCAGAUUGGAUGAAAAGGCUAAGGAGCCAAAACCCGACCCGCCAAUACCUGACCCGCCAGUAUCUGACCCGCCAGUACCAGACCCGCCAAUACCUGACCUGCCAGAAUCAGACCCACGCUUGCAAGAAUUGAUUGAUCGCCGGUACGACGAAUACGAUGAGUACAUGGUGGCUGUGGAAACUGCGGAACCUACAAAGGACGAUUUCGCCGUGACAGGCAUUCCCGUACUGUACAACAUGGACGGCAAUCCCUACGACGAGUAUUUCAAGAAUGAAUGGGAGGCCUAUUGGGAGGCCCUCGAUGAGCUACUUGCUCGCCCUUGGUGGGAGCGAACCUGGAUUGUACAGGAGAUUUGGUGUGCUUCGGAUGCAAUACUGCAAUGUGGCACUUCCAUAAUUGAAUGGAAAACCUUUCAAAUGGCCAUGGAUUAUUCCGAAGCAUGGGACGAUAUUGGAGAUGCUCUGGAAGGCAUGAAAAGAAAGUCGCAGUGGGAUACAUUGCGACGACGUUAUACACUGGCGAUAAAUCUUUCGAAAGCAAGAGUGAAUGGAAGUUCGCUGUCGUCGCUGCUUUGGAAUACUUGGGAUCGCGCAUCCACAGAUCCAAGGGACAAAGUAUUCGUUGUGUUGGGAUUAGUGGGCGACGUUGAAGGUGUCUCUGUGGCGCCUGAUUACCGCAAGUCGGUGGAUCAGGUGUAUCGAGAGACUGCGCAUCACAUCGUAGCAAAAGAAGGUCGGCUUGACAUCCUACUGGCGGCCAGCGGCGUUCAUGGUAAGGAUGGCUUACCGUCAUGGGUGCCAGACUGGCGCCGCGAGGCGUACGCAAAGAAGCCGGUUCUACUUGUCAAUCGCCAUCUCUUGAUGACCCUGUGCUAUUCGGGGUCUACUGAUAUGGUUGUUCUCCAAGGGCAUGGCUAUCGAGCAGCCGGCAACUCGAAGCCAUAUUGUUCCUUCAGCCAGGAUUUACAUGUGAUGACGGUACUAGGCAUACAGUUGGACAGUAUUGCUGAGGUAUGGGACGUAGAUAUCGCUGCCAUGCGCGACGGUGAAUUCAUCAAACAGGCCUUCGACUUCAUCCUCAAAUCGAAGUUUGUGUCUACCGAGGCACGACAGAUAGUGUCAGCGGAAAGAGCAAACCUCGCCACUGAACGGCAUAGUUCGAUCGUAAUGACGACACUUACUGGUGGGGGUAACAUAGAGUACGAUAUGAGAGCGCCGACGAUGAGAAACAUCAUGCGACAACGGCGGCUUUUCGUGACGAAGCAGGGAUAUAUUGGGAUUGGCCCAGUAGAGGCUCGGUCCCGUGAUGUGGUCUUCAUCAUCUCUGGCUGCAAUUUCCCGAUCAUACUUCGACCGAGAAAGGACAUGUUCGCGGUUGUUGGUGAAGCUUACAUGAACGGCUACAUGGCCGGUGAAGCUCUAGCUCUGGCUCCGGCUCGUCCGUGGAAGAAGAUCUCGAUACUGUGA